ACUGGAAGCUCUGGUUGUAAAAGCAAAUCGAUUAGAUCAUUCACUAGACUUAUUAGAGGUUCAGAAAAUCAUUUUAAAAUAACAAUACUUAACUGUAUAGCUUACGAUGUAUAGUGGAGCAGUUGCUCGAAGCUUCUACCGUAGUUGUAUCAAUGUGGUACCGGUGGCCACCACAUUGAUACAACUCAGUUGUAUCAAUGUGAUGGCCACUCCAGGUAGGCUGGUUAUCAGGAAAACCACUGUGAUGCAGUGAUGAGAGUGGACGAAACGGAAAUCACUUGCAGAACUUGCUAAUAAUUUUUCAUGUUUUGCAUCGGUCAGUCGCCGUCGUUGUGAUAAUUAUUAUUUUUCACGUCAUUGCCUUCUAAGACUUCUCUUACUUAUACUUAUUAACUUAUACACUGCUACGUUGAAGCGGUGGCUCUAACUAACAAAAAAUGCGGCACCAUCGGACGCAGAAAUCUUCCAAGCACAAGAAGAUUAAGGCUAUCGAUCCCUUCUACAGCGGACCAAGGAGACAGAUUAUGUUCAAGGCUGAUAAAAAUGCCAAUAAGCCUCCCUCGCUAGGCGCUGGUGUUCAAGAAGUUCCCAGAAGACUACGGGACAUUGUGCGGGGAACAGCUGAUUCUAAUAAGCAAAAACCACAGAAACGGAAGGCCAAAGGAUUAUUAAUGCAUCAGCGCCCCGAUUUCAAACAGGGAAAAUACGAAACCCUCACGAAUUUCUAUCGGAGAAUGGAUAAAGCUGCGAGCGACGCGAUAACGAAAGCUGAACUCGAAAUGCAGUUCGACGUACAUUUCGAUAAAAAAGGGAAAAAUAAAUUGACAAUUGCUAAAAAGAAGGAUCCCGUGACGAGUGAAGUACCGGCACCAAAAGUCUCAAAAUCUCAGAAGCGAAAACUUAAACUUCAGAGAAAAGUGGAGGAAAAAAUGGCUGAAGAUGUGGAUGAAUUUGCUGAAAUGGCAGAUACGUUCACAUUUGGUGAAGUGGUCGAUGCUCCUCCUGACAUCAAAGCAGCGCCACAUAAAGCUCCCGAGCGAAAAAAGGGCGGGAAAAAGAAUCUGCUUUUGUUAAAAAGUGUUUCUGGAUCGUCGGGCGUACACCCAAAUCCUGACAACUUUAAUUCUUCUUCGAAGACAACCACACAAUCGAUCUCAUCAGCUCGGCAAGAACAACUUCGCCAAGAAUCUGUUCAAGCCUACCGACAACUCAAGAAGCAGCGAAAUUUAAUGCUUUCUAAACCUGGAAAAGCAUAAAAAUAAAAAAUGCUGUGAUAAAGAUUUGUCGUUGUGGAACAGCAACAUCGCCCACUAUUCAUCCAUGUUGUCGCUAAUAGAUGCGAAAUUCAAUAAAGAAUCCAUCUGCUUCGCCAUUGCAGUAGCCGUUUUAUCUGUAAAAUUAUUUUCAAGAUUCUGACAUAACACGAAUGUAUAACCAUCUUUUUGUCUGAGUUCUUCGAAAGAAAUAGUGUGAUAUAAAUAAUAUUACAUCUCGAAUACCUCUUUUAACUUUCAAUUUUUGCCGUCGCUUCAGAAUUUUAUUUUUCUGUUUACUCCACUGUUGAUUGCCCUCUAAACCCAUUGCAGGGUCAUCCGAAAUCCAUUCAUCAUCCGAGUCACCCUUAUCACUUUUAGGGAAUUCAACUAUCUGAACGGCUCCUUCGUUUUUGGCAGAGGAUUUUUCCAUUUCUUCGUCACUGACAUCCAGGUCUUCUAUUGCCGUUGUUCUCAUUUCGUUCGUUUCAGGCAUUUCAUCGACCAACAUUUUUUCAUCAUCUUCCAGUCCAUCCAAAUCAAACUCCUUACUCAUAGUGCUUACUAGCUCUGAACUGAGGUGCACUGAUGUAGUGUGUUUUUCUGGAGGGAGCGUAUGAUACGAAAUCU